CUCUUUGCUAUAUCUUUUUUCUAGUUGUCAUGUGGAAUUUAACGUCAGUGGGUGUAUUUUUUAUCAUAUAAUCAGACAACGCAAUAAAAACAACAAUUAAAAAAAUAUAUCAAAACGUUUUCAACAAAUAUAUGACAUAACAAGAAACUAUGAAAAUUGAAUUUAUUUCAUAAAAAUCUUUAAUAUUACUUCUGAUAUAAUGAGUCGUUUCCUGUCGCCGGACAAAUUGGAAGGUUUUGAAAAAUACAAGUACAACUCGAUCGAUACAAGUAUACUCAGCAAUAAUGUAAUGCACCCAUUUUGGAACUGGUGUGUACAGUAUUGUCCACCAUGGGUAGCACCAAACCUGCUAACAUUCACUGGCUUUCUACUGACAGUCCUUAAUUUCCUGCUAUUCUCUUACUAUGACUAUGGAUUCCAUGCCCUCACGCAGGAGAAUGUAACUGAAGACAGUAUACCUUGGUGGGUGUGGGCUGUGUCAGCUGUGAAUCUUUUUGUUGCAUACACAUUAGAUGGGAUCGACGGUAAACAGGCCCGACGCACAGGUACCAGUGGCCCACUCGGGGAACUAUUCGACCAUGGCUUGGAUUCUUACUCCGCAGUUCUUAUACCCACAUGCUUAUAUAGCAUAUUUGGAAGGGAUGAAUUAAGUCCUCUAAGGUUUUUCUUCGUUAUUUGGAAUAUAUUCAUCAACUUCUACCUCACCCACUGGGAGAAAUAUAACACCGGAGUCAUGUUCCUUCCAUGGGGUUACGACUUCACAAUGAUCGGAUCCUGCCUUUUAUUACUGGUGACGUCUGUGAUUGGCCCCAAGGCAUGGCACAUUACACUGCCGGGUGGCAUCACGCCUGGAUUCAUUUUCGAAAUAGUUCUCUACUUUUCUGCCAUGAUCACAAGUCAAACUGUAAUUUUAUGGAAUAUUUACAAGUCAUAUCGAGACCGGACUGGCAAGAUGCGUUCGUUCUUGGAAGCAAUACGGCCGUUGGUCCCGGUUGCAACAUUCUUCACGCUGAGCACAGUUUGGGCACUAUACUCUCCCACCAAUAUCAUAGACCGCGGACCAAGACUUUUCUACAUACUCACAGGAACUAUAUUCUCCAACAUUAAUUGUCGUCUAAUCGUGGCACAAAUGAGUGAUACAAGGUGCGAGGGGUUCAAUGGAUUGUUUAUACCAUAUGCCCUAGUGAUGGGUAUCGUGUUCUAUUUCCACGUGUCUCCUAUGACAGAGCUCUUAUUACUCACCGUGCUGUGCUGCGUGUGCUCCGUUGCGCACAUUUACUACGGUUCCAAAGUUGUACAAGAAAUGUGUGAGCAUUUCAAAAUAGCAUGUUUCCACAUAAAACCAAAGACAAAAUAAGUUAUUUUGAAUUAUUUUAUAAAUAUAUGUUUGUAAUUUAUUAGGCGACUAAAUGCCUGUAUACGAGCUCUCCAUAUUAGACUUGACGGCUCUCCUUCAUUUAUACUCUUUGUACUGAAAAAGAUCUGAGUAGAUAAUUAUUUUGGGCUGGGGUAAGCAUUUUAUAUUAACCUUAGUGCAGACUAUAAAUAUUGAUAAAUUUACAAAUAAUAUAAACAGUGUAGUUGAUUAUAACCUUAGAGCAGCAGGUUUUAUAGUGACUUUUAUAUAAGGUUACAAUCAAGUGAUAUAAAUAAGGCAUUUCAUAUUUAUUAAAUACAAAUUAUGGUCACUAGUUACAAGCUAGACUGUUUUUAUUAAUUUAUUUGUGUAAUUUUUGAAUAAUUUGUACUUUUACCAAAUUGUAAGGAUAUUAUAUGUCCUGAAUGAUUUUUUCGAUACCAAAAAUUUACAUUUAAAUAUAAUUAUUGUCUCGCUAUAAGAAACAUACAUAUAUAUAAAUAUAAAUGAAAUUUGUGAAGGAGUAAUAAAAAAA